UUGUGUUGCUGAUCAGUGUCCAGAGGCAUCAUGGGAAACGUCCUCCAGUGCUGUCACGCUCUGCUGAGCUUCUUCAGGCGUCCGGAUGGUCAGAGGGAGGUGGAGCGAUCCCCCCUGCUGUCCAGCGAGGAGAGCGCCUGUGCCUCCCCGACCCUGCCGGACGACUUCGAGGACGACCUGCUGACCGUCUCCACCGGCGCCACGAACCUCGCCCUCGAGCCGGAGCACUUCCUGUUUCCCGACAUCAUCCUGAGCAGCAACCUGGGAGGCGACGUGACCCUGGUGGAGCCCAUGGUGUGUCUGCUGGUGUCCGAGGAGGAGGAGGCGGUGGGGGUGAGCGGGCAGGCCGACGGAGGGCGCGACGGGAGGGACCGGGGAUACUCCGAGGUCCAGACGCAGACCGAGGCGGAGACGCAGAUGGGCACCGGCGUGCAGACCCAGACAGAGACACAGGCGGAGGUCCAGACUCAGACAGAGAGCAGCAGCGACGCUGUGCAGAGGCAGGUUUGUACACUGAACACUGGCACUGCGGCAGAGGCGGAGGUGGAUGAGUGGAGCGCGCAUGAAAUACUGAGGCAGCUGGACGUUCUGUUGGAGGCUCAAACAAGUCAUGAGACUCACACAGAAAUCAGCCAUGAAGAGGAGGAAAUAACAGUUGCUGCUCAGUUGACGGAGACAUUACAACCUGAACAAACCACAGAGCCAGUCGAGCAGUUGAGGACUUGUGAUACGUUGCAGCAGAGUGCCGAUUCUGCUCAGGAAAAGACAGACUUCACCUGGACGGAAGAUCUCACUUCUGAGACGCGUGAGAGUGAAAAGAGCCCCGAGUCAGAGCUCAGAGAGGCAGAAAACACCAGUGAAGUUCCUGAAACUGUGGAGAAGUUUGACCCCGACGGGUUUGACUCCGACCUCAGACGACACGACGAACAUGUGGACGAGGCGAGCCCGCUGUCAGACCCCGACACCGCGGUCACAAACACACACCGGCCGGCCGACGAGCCCCAGAACUCACAUCUGCAUCCGGUGGAGGAGCCGGAGACGUGUGAGCAGCAGCCGGAGGACGGAGACGCGUCCGGGAUGAAGCAGAUGACGCUGUUCUUAGUGGACAGGCUGUUUCUGGCAGCGCCGCACGCCAAAGCGCCUCCGAGCCAACCUGAAGAGAAGCGUGACGGCGUUCUCCCAGAGCAGUCCGAAGACGAGAGCGAACAGCAGCUGGACCUGCGGGACAUCGUGGAGCUCCAGGAGACGGGCUUCGCGGUCAGGAUUCAGCCUCCCGGAGCGGAGAGCUUCCAGCUGCAGGUGUCGGGCCAGAUGUUGGUGCUGGAGCUGCAUCAGGUGCUGAUGGAUCAUGAGAUCACCUGCCACCGCACCUGCUUCUCCCUCCAGCUGGGCGGCGCCACCCUGGAUAACCUCAUGGAGCUGCGCUCCAACCGGGACAUCCAGGAAGGAGCGCUGAUCAGGGUGGUGGAGGAUUCGUACACGAUGCGUGACGCCCGUCUUCACGUCAGACAUGUCCGCAACCUCCUGCGGAGCCUGGACCCUGCAGACGCAUACAACGGCGUGAACUGCAGCUCGCUGUCUUACCUCAGCGUUUUCACCAGCAGAUAUGAAGACAGUGAAAGCACGAGGAGGCGAGCGUCUGAGAGGGAGCCUGUGGACUGCAGCCCUCCAGAGUACGUCCUCCCCGGGUGCAGAGAGCGGCCUCUGAGCCCGCUGCAGCCCGUCAGAGACGACUGGAAGCCUUUGCAGUGCCUGAGGGUCCUGACCACGAGCAGCUGGAACCCCCCUCCAGGAAACAGGAAGAUGCACGGGGACCUGCUGUACCUCCACGUCCUGACGAUCGAAGACCGCGAGCUCAACAUCACUUCCUCCACGCGGGGUUUCUACCUCAACCAAUCCACUGCCUUCAGCUUCAACCCCAAACCUGCAGUACCCAAAAUCCUUUGCCACUCUCUGGUGGAGCUGCUGAAUCAAGUCAGUCCCGCUUUCAAGAAGAACUUCAGCGCCCUUCAGAAAAAGAGAGUGCAGCAGCACCCUUACGAGAGGAUCGCGGCGCCAUUCCAGGUCUUCACCUGGACCGCGCCUCACGGAGACCACACCCUGGACCGCGUCCGAGCCGAGGAGACCCACACGAGCCGCACGGGCCAGGACGAGCACACAGCGGGGCAGAGUCGGGACUGGAACGAGGAGCUGCAGCAGUGCAGGGAGCUGCCCAGGGCGUCGCUUCAGGAGCGGCUUCACAGAGAGAGGAGCAUCUUCAAGACCAACAGCGACUUCGUUGCCGCGGCGACGCGCGGCGCCGUGGCCGUCGUGGACGGCAACGUCAUGCCGCUGAACCCCGGGGAGUCCCCUCACAUGCAGAUGUUCAUGUGGAACAACAUUUUCUUCAGCCUGGGCUUCGACGUGUCGGAGCACUACCGCCCCCUGGGGGGCAACACCGCCGCUCACGCCGCCGCGCGCUGCGACCUGAGAGGAGCUCAGGCUUACGCGGCCGUGGACCCAGACGGGCUCCACACGCUCGGCACGGCCGUGGUGGAUUACAGAGGCGUGCGGGUCAUCGCUCAGACCAUCGUUCCCGGGAUACUGGAGAAAAAUCAGGAGCAGAGCGUCGUCUACGGAUCCAACGACAACGGGAAAACCGUCCUGACACACCCAAGGUUUCUGGAGCUUCUGGACAAAGCCAACCGAUCUCUGAGGAUCCAGCGUCACCAGGUGCUCGACCACCACGGCCGCCCCGUGGAGCUCUGCUCUGGCAUGGAGACCAUCGGCAUCCUGGGUAACGACGGGCGGCCGUACAUCCUGGACCUUCUCCGGACCUUCCCCCGGGACCUGAACUUCCAGUUCACGGAGGACCAGGUGACGGAGGAGGCUCCGCAGGAGUGCCGGAGCUCGGGUUUCCCGCGCCCGCAUCGGCACAGCCUGGCCAGCCUGAGGCCGGAGCUGAUCCAGGCCUUCGUCCAGCACAGGCAUGAGGUCUUUGUGCAGAUGGUGUCACAGGAGGAGCUCGGCCAGCCGAAAGGAGAGGAUAAAGCCUCAGAGCUGAGAGACGAGCUCGCCGGAGACAGAGCGCCAGAGUCUGCGAGACGGAACGCGACACUGAGAGCCUGUAAAGCGGUUGGAUCCGUGAGCGACUCUCACUUCGACAUCCGCUUCAAUCCUGACGUUUGCUGCCCAGGUGCGCGUUUCCCCCCCGAGAGCCUGGAGGAGGUCCGGAGACAGAGGCGGCUGCUGUGGGACGCAGCUGCCUUCCUGCUGUCCAGCCAGAUCCCGGCGCUGCUGAGAGACUGUCUCGAUCACACGGCACUGCCCAUGGACGGAGCGACGCUGACCUCCGCGCUCCACCAGCGGGGCGUGAACGUCCGAUACCUGGGCGCCGUGCUGACCCAGCUGGACCGGAUGGAGGAGAGAGCGAGACUCAGCCACGUUCAGAGAAUCGCAGUCAGUGAACUCAUCACUAGAAGUGCCAAGCACGUCUUCAGGACCUACCUGCAGGACGUGGAGCCUGCAGCUUUCUCUGCAGCUGUCAGCCACUUCCUGAACUGCCUCCUGAGCUCCUCCUCCUGUUUCCCGGACUCCUGCCCGGACGAGCUGCUCUCGCGCCGCCGGAGCCGCCGCCGCCGGAGCCACGGCGGCCGCGCCGCCUCGCUGACGGACGGCGCCUGGUCCAGACUGACCCCCGCCGAGCUGUGGGUCAGGAUCCGGGCCGAGGCGCAGGGUUACUACCACUACACACUGGGCAGUGACGGUAUAGACCACGUUAUAGAGAAAUACAACCUCCAGAAGAUCUCCCUGCUGAGAGAGAUGACCAUCAAGACGGGCAUACAGGUGCAGCUGAGGGAGUACGCCUUCGAGUCCCGGCACAGGCCCGUGUUCGGCGAGGAGGACGUCGUCAACAUGUUCCCCGUGGUCAGCCACCUCCGGCCGACGGCGACGGACGCCGCGCGGCUCGUUGGGCGGGCUCAGGCGGCCGUGCAGCAGGGGCUUCUCAAACAUGGCUACGAGCUGCUGGGCCAGGCCGUCACCCUGUUCAGCAGCGUGUGCGGCGUCCUGCACGAGGACGUGUGCAUGUGUUUGCGUCUCCUGGGACGGCUCAGCUACAUCUUGGGGGACAACGCAGAUGCCGUGAGCCACCAGGAGAAGACAGUCAUGAGUUCGGAGAGGGUGCACGGUAUCGACCAUCCACAGACCAUACAGGACUACACCUAUCUGGCUCUUUACUACUUUGCUGGAGGCCGACACGCCACCGCCCUGCAGCUGCUGUAUCGGGCUCGGUACCUCACCCUGCUCGUCUGUGGGGACGACCACCCCCAAGUGGCUCUGCUGGACAGCAUGCUGGGCCUGGUGCUCUAUGGGCUGCUGGAGUGUGAACUCGCUCUCAAGUUCCUGCUCAACGCCUUAAAGUUGACCUCGAAGUACCACGGCGGCACAUCGCUGAAGCAGGCGCACAGUCAUCAUGUGCUCGCCACCGUGUACGAAACUAAAGGAGAGUUUCGUUUAGCUCUACAACAUGAGAAGGAGGCUUAUGCCAUAUACAAGAGCCAGGUUGGUGAGAAGCACAGCAACACGGCGGAGAGCUCGGAGUACCUGAAGAGGCUCACGGAGCAGGCCGUGACCCUUCAGAAAGCCCUCCGCCACAUCUACAGCAACACGCCCGGCGCCUGCAUCUCACCUCCCAAGUUUUCCACUCCGAGCCUUCACUCCAUCCUUCAGCAGCUCAACCUCACCUGUGGAAUCAUCCUCAUCUCCCUCAGUCCAAAAGAAAUUGCAGACCUGAGGACUGAGUUGAAAGAAAAGGAAAAGGCUCAAGUGGAAGAGUUGGAGAAUCAAUUAUUAAAGCAAGAAGACCUGAAAACUGCAGACAGCAGACAGUAGUUUGGAACAACACACCGACAGAGGGAACACCUGAGUGAUGUGUUUAAAUGGCCACAUAUAAAUGGCUGACAUUAAUAAACAGGUUACCUACGUAUGAAUGCGUGCUUCUUCAGGACGAGCUUUGCUCCGCUGGUGUCGAUGGAGGACUGGAUUUCUGAAAGAGCUUCAUCUGUAGCAGCAUUUGUAGAAAUACAUGAAUUAACUCAUUUCCUCUGAGAAACGCAUCAUGACUGCUCUUUAAAUCCUAAAUACAGCUUCUACAUGAGUGAAUAAACAUGGUUCAGACUGAUGUCACUGAGGAGAAUAUGCUUACAGUGUGGCGAAAUCUCCAUGAUUCUUGGAUUGUUGAAAGCUGCUGUUUCAUGCUGCAGUCCUCAGACUGUCCACUGGGUUUCACACUUGUGCCAUUGACAUGAUUGAAGAUCUGUCUGAAUCUCCACAUAAUCUUUAGGAUGUUCAAGCAAAAUAAAAUGAUCUGCUCA